AUGGUUAGACAUAGCCAUUCUGACGUGCUUCGCCUUUCCUCCCUGACGCAAUGGUCGCAAGGGCAUAUCCGGAGAGUCUUCGAGUCACCGAGCGAAGCGGAAGCCGUGCAAGCGAUCGAGGAUACCUUCAGCAAGGAUGUCAACGCGAGUUUGAACGGCAAACAGUUGGGAUUGGAACAAGUCAAACAACUGGUAUUGUCGAUGCAUAAGGAGUCGCGGACCGGUGGUCUCAAAGUUGAAUGGAAACAGACAGUUGAGGUGCCUGAGGAUCCAACCAACAGGAAUGGAUCGUUCGGAGGUGUCUAUAUUAUCCAUGGAAUUUGGAGAACUCUAUCUGGGCAGUAUGAACCGAUGGAACUGGAGAGGCAUAAGACAGUGACAGUGAGGAUCGAAUCUCAGUCUAAUGAUACCACAGUAGACAGUCGGAAGAUAGUGAACCUUGUGUUCGUCGCAAGUGAUAUCCCAGUUCAUGACGUGGUAUCAUCAAGAUAG